GUAAGAAGAAGUUGCAUCCAUCAUAAAGUCAAAGUCACAAACACAAUUCAAUCUAUUAAAGUUAAAAGUUAUAAACAAUCAUUCUCCCUAUUUUCCCCAAUCAAGAGCAUAAGCUUUGCUCAUCGACUUCUUCUCUCCUCAUCUCUCUGGAAUAUCCCACCUUAAAGAGCAGCUUCACAUAAUAUAAUUCGAUUCCGGCGCGUUUCUUGGGACCACCAUUGUCCGCCUACCUGGGCUUCGUUCGGUAAUCUGACCGUUCUAAUUCAACAUCAAUCAUGCGUCUUCAUUACCUUCCAGCCGAAGCUGCAGUCCUUUCAACUCUCCUGUUUCCACUCCUCUCCUCCGCUCUUGGAAAUCUGGACUGCAAAAAUAUAGUUGUCGACGGAAAGCACUUUGAUUUAGGGGCAUUGGGGGGGCCUCGGUCGGCAUUACAUAGCGUUGAAGAUUAUGUUGGUGAAGCAAGAGGAUGGACAAAUACAACAUACACAAUCGACAUUUGUCAAGCUAUCGUCAAGAAGGGGUUCUAUGAGUGUCCAGGUGGGACAAGAGGUAAUGUCUCUCCUUAUUCAUGUCUCAUUGAACAUUAGCCACGAGUCUUCUGUGGACCACCUAGAAAGUCUUGAUUUAUUAACAUCUAUGAUGGAAUAGUUUGCGGAAUAACGCAUGUUAUCAACGAAGAAGAAGGAUCAGAUGCAACACAACAAAUCGUUCCCUUUGCUGGCGAAUUAGAAAAUUAUGGCGGAGGUCCUCUCGAUGCUAAAUUGGAACGACUCAGUAACUCGAAAUCACAUUCAGAUGCAGACAAGGACGGAUUGCGUGUAGAGUUAGGUGGUGGAUUCAUCGGACGAGGGAAGAAUAAGAGACCCCAAAAGGCUAUUGUAGAAUUCAUCUGCGAUGCGAACCGAACUGGAUUGGAAAAUUUGUGGGUGCCGCCAGAGCCAAAAAAUAAGCCAAAGGAGAAUCUCAACGAAAGAGAAGAAAAUGGUAGUGAUGAAGUGAUUGGAGCGCCAAGUAACGACUCGAGUCUGCAAUUCUUUAGGUUAGAUAAGGAUAAGGGCGAUGCCGAUAUCCUAAGGUUGACCUGGCGCACAAAGUAUGCUUGUGAAAAUGGACCGACGGAUAGUGGUGAUGGUGAUGACAAGAAAAGCUCACAUUGGGGUUUCUUCACUUGGUUUAUUAUUGUGUAUGUUUCCACUCCUUUCUCUUCAGUUUUUCAGGUCCGAUUCAAAGCUAGUGAUUGGGGACUAAUGUUAUUCUACAGCGCAUUCCUUUCCAUCGCCGCUUAUUUAAUUUUUGGUUCUUGGCUCAACUACAACAGAUAUGGCGCUCGAGGCUGGGACCUUCUUCCUCACGGCGAUACGAUCCGCGACGUUCCAUACUUAUUAAAGGACUGGUCUAGAAGGGUUUUGAGUACUGUGCAAGGGGAUGGAAGCAGAGGUGGUUAUGCGGCAGUAUGACGGAAGAGCUUCAGUCAUGAUAUAACGGGUUGUGAAGAGGCAAAGAGGGGAAUGCAUAUUUAUAGGGACGGUAAUGCCUGAUAUCAAAUGGCAGAAUACAAUUGAGACAGCGACAGGAGUUGGGUAUUUUUGGUGGAGGGCAUCUUGUAUAUCGAUUAU